AUGGAUACAAUAUUAUCCCGAUUGAAGCAGCUCAGCCCUGAUGAACUGAGAGAAGAGAUUGUGAGGGCAGGACUGAAAUGUGGGCCCAUUACUGCAACUACGAGGUUUAUUUUUGAAAAAAAAUUGGCCCAGGCAUUGUUUGAGCAGCAAAGAGCAUUGGAAGGAGAAGGAUCUGCUCCGUCAGAGGAGGCUGUGGGAAAUGUCCCAACUGCAGCAGCGAAUCACAACGGCCAUGGAAGUGCUGCUGAAGAGACAGACUUUGGGUACUCCAUGGGCCUGAACCCUCCCGAAGAAGAUGCUGUGACACACAUGAACUGUUCAGCUCCAGCCUGUGCAGCAGGGUGUGUUGAUUCACAAAUCAGUGCUCAGACACCAUCCAGAAAUCCUCCACUGUUCUAUGGUGUUUGUCCAGUUUAUGAUGACAUCUUGGCAAGGAAUGAGAGAAUACAUGUGUAUGAAGAUAAAAAGGAAGCUCUCCAAGCUGUUAAGAUGAUUAAGGGUUCACGUUUUAAAGCUUUUACAAACAGAGAGGAUGCUGAGAAAUUUGCUAAAGGGAUCUGUGAUUAUUUCCCAUCUCCAAGCAAGUCCUCUUUAUGUUUGUCUCCAGUGAAAAUGGGAUCCUUUAACAGAGAUGGCUUGUGCUCCCCUGAGACCGAAACUGCUAAUAAGGAGAGAGCCAACAGCUAUAAAAGUCCACGGACUCAAGAUCUCACUGCUAAACUUCGGAAAGCUGUUGAGAAAGGAGAUACAGCAACUUUCUCAGAACUUAUCUGGAGUAACCCUCGCUAUCUCAUCGGGUCAGGAGACAACCCAACAGUUGUACAGGAAGGGUGUAGGUACAAUGUCAUGCAUGUUGCUGCUAAGGAGAAUCAACCUGGUAUCUGCCAGUUACUGCUGGACACUUUAGAAAACCCUGAAUUUAUGCGGCUCAUGUACCCGGAUGAUAACGAUGUCAUGUUGAAGAAUCGAAUCCAGUACAUUGUUGACCUUUACCUUAACACUCCGGAUAAAGGGGGCUUUGAUACUCCAUUGCAUUUUGCCUGCAAGUUUGGCAAUGUGGAUGUUGUUAACGUGCUUACCUCACACCCAGCUAUUGUAAAAAACCCAAGAAACAAAUAUGAUCAAACUCCAGCAGAAGUAGUUUGUGAAAGAAGCAAGAAUAAAUCUGCAGAAUUGAAAGAAAAGCUAAGAGAGUACUUGAAAGGCCAAUACUAUGUACCACUCCUGAGAGCAGAAGACAAUUCCUCAGCUCCCAUCAUUGGCACCCCAUGGUCACCUGAUAAGACAGACGAUGGCCCCCAAAGAACUUCAUCGAAAUACCCUGGCAACCCCAAAGAUCCAGUGUUGUCCAUAAGAGCUUUUGCAGGGCCCAUGAGCCCCUCAAAGGCUGAGGAGUUUCGCAGGCUUUGGAAGACUCCACCUCGAGAGCGAGCUGGCUUCGUCCACAACGUCCGGAAAUCUGACCCGGAGAGAGGUGUCGAAAGGGUUGGAAGGGAGUUAGCUCAUGAGCUGGGGUUCCCAUGGGUUGAAUACUGGGAAUUUCUGGGCUGUUUUGUUGAUCUGUCUUCCCAGGAGGGGCUGCGAAAAUUAGAAGAGUACCUGAGUCAUCAUGAAAUGAGCGAAAAGGCUCAGCAAGAAACAGGGGAAAAUGAAACCUGCAAUAGAUAUAAAACUCCACAUCCCUCUGGCAAGAGUAAAAAGUCCUGCAAUUCCAUUUCUGUGGGAGCAUUUUUGGAUGAGGAUGAUGAUGACAUGAGCUUAGAAGAAAUUAAGAACAGGCAGAAUGCAGCACGGAACAUCAGCCCACCUGUGGUGUCCAAGGAACCCAGCAUUGCUGCCAUUGGAGAUGCUGGAUGUGACAUCCUGUCAAUGGAGCGUGCAGUGAACAUCAUGGAAACGUCGCGUCGCCCUCGGCACUACGAGAAGGCAGAUUCUGCCAGCAAAAAUGGGUUCUGUAACACGGUGUCCAGUGAAAGGAUAAUCAGUGACAGGAAGCACAAAGGAGGAGAAUGCCUUGUAUCGCCCGUUUCCAACUUAAUGUCAGAGUUUGAAAGCCUGUCAUUCCAGGAGCAAGAAGCUGCAGGAGUAUCUCAUCAACUCCCUGAAAAAACUGGGAAUGAGGGAAUUCUGGACAACACCUGCUAUGCAGCAUCACUGGCAAGUUCUCAGCCAAGUGUUACAGGUGAACCUGGAGAGACCAAGUUAAGGACAGAACACAGAAUUCCAUUAGAAAUGGAGAGACUGUCCAUGGAAUCUGGAAUUCAGGCUAAGGAGGCACAACAACGUCAAGGACAUUUUUCACAGAAGCUUCUUUUGAAGGCUUCACUCACAAAUGGCAACUCUAAAAGUUUUGUCCUUGGGGAGCAGCCCUCAAAGCUGGAUGGUGAUGUCUUAGCAGCCAUAGAAGCAGCAGAGAUUGAUCCACAGAAAUACCCAAUGAUUUACAAAUGGAAACACAUGGUGCAGUCAUACUCCUCAUCUGACAGGCAAAGUUGGCCAAGUCCAGCACUGAAGGCAAGAUUCCAGACCCAAGCCGCUGCUGCUGGCCUUCCAAACGCUCCAGGGUAUCCAAAUUCAGGAAGAAAUAGUCCUAUACCAGGAAGUCCAGGAAAACACAGCAGUGCUGCCUCGUUCUCUCCGGAGCGUGGGAGUCCUGGGCGCUACAGCCCAGCCUGUGUCCACCAGGCUCUGCUAAAACUGAGGUAUUUUGCAGAGCCUCCUGCCCACUAA